AUGAUAAAGUACAAAUAUUUAUCAAUCAUCAUCACAUUGUUGAUAUUAUCAAUCGUCAUCAAUAAUCAUCAAGUUGUACAUGCUAUUCAAUGUAUUAGAGAUCAGAGAUUAUUUCAAGGAGAUGAAGUAGCCGUUGAUUGGUGGUUUAUCCACAAACUACGUGGCUUUUCAGAUACCUAUCUUUACUUUGAUUCUUUAAUGGGUGAAGAAGAUCUUAAAGUUGGACGAUUCCUUCGAAGUAAGAAUAGUGCAUUAGGAGCUACUAUGAUUAAAAUCGACAAAACUGUUACCUAUCUUGCAUUUAAUGAUCAAGUUACAAAGAAAAUGAAAUCUUCUUUUAAAAUUAAUGCACAUGAAAAAGGAAUUAUUGCUUGGGAUAAAGGACAAGGAGAAGAUGGUAUUUAUAUUCAUCAUUCAAUGCCAAACUUUCCCAAUUCCAUCUUUGAAGGGAGACGGGUGAGUCAUGAAACUUGGGCAUCUCCAUACAUGGAGGAUGAUCAACUGAUCGAUGACAAGUUUUCUGACAUUUUCCCCUUUCUCGGUUGGCACAAUAACUUUUUCCCCACUAAUGUGAUGUCCCAGACAUCUUUGUUUCGAAAUGGCCAUCGUGAUUUGGUAACAAAGACUAAACCACAGGACGACGAUGCUUAUGUGCCACCCGGUGAAGAGCCAGAAGAGGAGGACCUCGACCAUGAGAUUGAUACCGACGAAAAGCCAGAGUUUGACGACACGGCCAUCGACCCCAAAAGAGAUGUCGACUCGACGUUACACCCUAUCUCGAGAAACCAUUCAAACAAAUCAAAGGCACUGGACAUUAACCCCUAUGCCCUGUCAAUGGAGAACAAGAAUGUUUUCGGUCAACAUUUGUUUUGUCUUACUCUAUUCGACGCCAAUUCCAAGGUGCCAGACAAAUGGAGUUGUGAAAAGGAUGAGGACAAUCCCCCUCCACCAGGCGAGGACACAAUGAUAGGACUCUUCCUAAAGUUUUUGGCAAGAGGGAGUGGCAAUGGAAUCACAUACACCCAUUCAUACGGUCUUGAAGAGGAUGACAAGAAAUAUUUAAAGUUUAGGCCAGACGACCACUACAGCACCGAGUUUGAAAAACAAUGCUUCCAAUUUAAAAAUCAACCAUUUUAUUUUGCAACCUCUACCCUAAAGAGACAUCAAGAGGAAGAUGGAAUGGUGUCUAUACAUUCCAAAUACAGUGAUGUCUGGGGAAUUCUAGAGGAGCCAUGCAACCAAGAUAACUUACAAGAAAGACCUUGUCUUGGACAAGGUGAAAAGUUGUGGAUCAGUACGUGGCGUGGUUCAAACAAGGUAGACACAUCGCUCAAGGAACAUCGAGAGAAGCUUCAAUUGGCUACCUUUGCCAAAACAUUCACCUCUAAUGAAAUGGAACAAACCAUUACUUGGGGUCGAACAUCGAUAAGUGUGUCUGGAAGUGAAAACGCCGAAAGCUUUGGUACAACCUCUGACCAUUCAAAAUUUGCAUACUUGUUUGAUGACAAAAAAGAUAGGUUAUGGAAUAUUGCCAUAUCAGGUGGUAAUUUACAUACAUAUAACCCUAUAAAAGAUAAAUACCAAGGUUCAAAUGCUUUUCUUAUAUGUUUUGCAAGUAAUAAUUUGGCAAAUGCAUUGGAAAAUAUAAGGGUUAAAGAAAAUGAAAAGGUAGAUGUUAAAAAGUUACUCUGGACACGUUCAACCAAACUUCAAGAAUUUGCUGAUAUUUUUAACAAGAAUUUAAAGGCUAUUGGAAAUGCAAUGGGACUUGAAUCUGAACUAGAAAUGAAAGAAGAGAAAGAAGAAAAAGAAGAAAAAGAGAAAGAAGAGCUCACAAGCGAACAGCAGAGUGCCAUUAAUUAUGCCAACACACUUUUGGCCAUUUCUGGAGAAAAAGCUGUCUUUUAUUCCAAUGUUGUUUUUGACCAACCCACCAGAGAUGAAAACAAUCAACCAAUACGUAAACAAGGCAUUCCAACGACCAUUGAUACAAGAACGCCUCCAGUAAAAAGACGAUCAGAACGAAUUCGUUCUCAAACAGAUGCAAAGAGACAAAGAAAGUUUUAG